CCCCCCCCAUCCUGCCCCGCUUUCUUCCCACCCAUUUCCUUCCCCCUGUCCCGUGCCUGGAAUUUGCUUCCCCUCCCUUCCAUCCUACAUCCCAGCAGAGAAGGCUCCGCGGUCUGCGCUCCAGGUGGCCGCGGGGAGGGGUCUUCCAGCCCCCCAAUCCGAGCCUCCUCCCCAAACCUUCCUGCCCCAAGGCUAAGAUUCAUCCAAGAUGGGGGUCAGUCGCGGCUGUUUGCUGUGCGUUAAGGUGAAGAUGUUCGUCUUCAACCUUAUCUUCUGGCUAGGUGGUUGUGGGGUGCUCGGCGUGGGAGUCUGGCUGGCCGUCACUCAGGGCCGAUUUGCCACCCUGUCUUUCUCCUUCCCGUCGCUGUCGGCAGCAGGGCUGUUCAUGGCCACCGGAGCGAUCAUCAUGGUGGUGGGCUUCCUUGGAUGCUUGGGGGCUGUCACGGAAAACCGCUGCCUGCUUCUAACGUUCUUCCUGGUUCUCUCCACCCUCUUCCUCCUGGAACUGGUCGGGUUGUUGGUGUUUGUCACCUGCCGGGACAAGUUUGACAGCUAUGCGCAGGCUAACCUGAAGGAAGGGCUGAAGCUGUACAAGACAGAUGGCAACCUGGGCCUAACCAACGCGUGGGACCUCGUGCAGACCGAGUUUCGUUGUUGUGGGGUGCAGAACUACACGGACUGGUUCGAGGUGCACAACAGAACGUGGGUGCCCGAGUCGUGUUGCUUGCCGCCCAGUAACUGCCAGGCGGACGGCGCUGAGCCGCAGCGUUGGUGGCCAGAGCCCUGUUACGGGAAAGUUAAACAUUGGCUGGGGCAGAACAUCUCGGCGAUGGGCAUCUUUGCUGCCUGCAUUAUCGUGGUUCAGGUCUUGGGCAUCGUGUUCUCCAUGCUGAUGUACUGCCAGGUCCGGCGGGCAGAGAAAUAUUACGACUGAGUUGGCCUGAGCACCGUCUCCGUCCCUUGGCCCUCGAAAGGGGCGUGCGGCUCGGAAGAUGAGGGCACUUCAGGAUCCCCCGGAGGCCCCUCCCGUUCGUCACCCUGCCCCUUCUUUUCCCGCCACCCUUUCGCCAAACCUCGGGGCUUCUGCUAAGGCCAAAUCCCCAUCAAGUAUUCAGAUAUUUUAACCUGGGGGCGGGGAGGCGAAACCCUUCCUUCCUUUUGCCGCCCAGCCCCCUUCCCCCCCCAUAUCACUCAACUGGGGCACCGUUUCCUUCUGUCUCAGUCUGCGUGUUCUUCCCAUUUUGUAUUAUAUGUCCUCUCCUUCUCCUGCAAACCUUGUUACUUUUGUAUAUAACAGAACUAUACUGAGUACCAAUAAAACAAUACAAUAGUG